CAAAAUUUCAUCACUUUAAGCUUUUUUCUCUACUAUUCUAAACUAAUAAACACACAUUUGACAUUCAUUCUUAUUUUUCUCUGGUAUCUCAUAAUAGUAACUAGUCAGAAAGGAAAAUGGCAACUCGCAACUUUCUGGACAUGCCGACCCCUUCAUCUCUGCUGUCGGCCUAUGCCUCAAUGUCAACUUCAAUCAUGCUUUUCCGAACGAUGUUCGACCAGCUCUUUCCUAGAGAACUCCGGAAUUAUGUCAUGGAAGCGAUUCGAUUUUAUUGGAAACCAAAAUCAUCAAAGCUCACUCUAGUUUUCGACGAAAGAGAUGGCAUAACAAGUAACCACAUGUUUGAUGCUGCUGAAGCCUUUAUGUUUACUAAAAUCAACCCUGAUUCCAACCGUCUUAGGAUUACCAAGACUGUUAAAGAAAAACACAUCAAUAUCAAGUUUGCAGAAUCUGAGAAAGUAGUAGAUUUGUUUGAAGGAAUCCCUGUUACAUGGACGUAUGUCCGUGAACAAAAUCAUGGUGGUGGCGGUGGCGGCAGCAGUGGUGGUGUCUAUCAUCUUGGGUAUUCUAAUGGAAACAGAAGCUCGAGUGGUGGUUUUUCCAUUGAGAAAAGAUAUUUCGAGUUGAAAUUUGAUAAGGAGUAUAAAGAGAUAAUAAUAAGUUCUUAUCUGCCAUAUAUUAUUAGGAAAGCUAAAGAGCUAGAGGAACAAAAGAAAGACGUCAAGUUACAUAACCUACAGCUCCCGUAUCCAGGUAAUCCAGGUGGUUCUAAAGAAUCCGUGAAUCUAGAUCAUCCAUCAACGUUUGAUACGCUCGCGAUGGACCCUAAGAUGAAGAAGGCCAUCAUUGACGAUUUGGAUUUGUUUUUGAGACGGAAAGAUUUUUAUAAAAAAGUUGGGAAAGCCUGGAAAAGAGGGUAUUUGUUGUAUGGUCCGCCCGGGACAGGGAAAUCUAGUUUGAUUGCGGCCAUAGCCAAUUAUCUUAAGUUUGAUAUAUAUGAUUUGCAGUUGAUGAAUGUUGGAGGUGAUUCUGGCUUAAAGAACUUGAUGUUAAGAACAUCAAAUCGGUCCAUACUUGUUAUUGAAGAUAUCGAUUGUAGCAUACAAUUGCCUGAUCGGAAGGGAACUCCUCUUCAGCCUAAUUAUCUUGAUUAUAAACCCACUCGUGAUCCCCAGUUCUCUUUGUCGGGGCUUUUGAAUUUCAUAGACGGUCUAUGGUCGUGUUGUGGGGAUGAACGUAUAAUAAUAUUUACAACAAACCACAAAGAAAGACUUGACCCUGCAUUGCUUAGACCAGGGCGGAUGGAUGUACAUAUUCACAUGUCCUACUUGACCGGUGAUGGGUUCAAGACACUAGCGGCUAAUUACCUUAGCAUUCACGACCACCAUUGGCGAUUCAGGGAAAUCAAAGAGUUAAUCGAUUGCAAGAAGGUUACACCAGCAGAGGUGGCCGAGGAAUUAAUGAAGUCUGAUAAUGUGGAGGUUGUGUUGGAAGGACUUGUGAACUUUUUGAAACGUAAGAGGACGGAAGAAGAUGAACCUAAAGAUGUGAUCAGUGACGAAAAUGGUGAAGUUCAUGAGGCUAAAAAGGUCAAAAUUGUACCAUGACUCAAGAAUUCGAUAUGGUUGUCUGGUUUUAAUACUUGAUGAAGUUUAUGAUGAAGUUUGUAAACUAAUGCUAAUUUAUAUAUGGAUAACUUUAUUUUAUGUGACCA